AUGGCAAGCCCCAGCCUGUUUGCGCGACUAGGCGGCGCGAGCUUCGCAGAAGAUCUCUCCUCUUCGCUAGCCGCCCGCCGGGCAAGGCGCGCAGCGCGGGCGUCGGUAUCGUACUUCGCGGCUGGAGCUGGGGAGUCCAGCCUCCGCAGCCACCCGUCGGCGCCCUCGACACCUUCGGGGACCGGCAGAGGCUUUCGCCUCCGUUCUUCCAGGGCAACAGAGGGGCGAGGGGAAGACCGCGACACAUCCAGGCCCGGGUCUUGCUGCCAUGUAGGGUCAGCCUCUCGCCUGGGGCGAGGGGACUGUCGUCUCUCUCGCGCUUCACUUCCACAGACCUCGGCCUCGCCGCGUUUCACUGAAGCGUGUCCGCCGCCUGCUUCUUCGUCUUUGUCUCGCCUGUCGCAUUUGUUUCCAGCUUUUUCGCCUUCUUUCCCCUCCGGUUCGUCCUGCGUAUCAUCGGCGCCUCUCAUGUCUGUUUUGCGGUUGCCGCUGCGGUCGCGCCUCCCUCCCGCGGCGGCGCGGGCGGUGCAUACCGACCUCGGGGGGAUGUCUCCGCAGCGUUCUCGCUCAGGGGCUUCGCAGCAGCCAGACGUCCCGUUGUCUCGCGUGUUUGCUCCCUUUGAUCCAAGUCUGAAGUCGCCUUUUCAGUUGCUCGCUAGGCCCGACUGGCGCCGCGGCGAGCCCUUCUCUCUGUCUGCCGCGCCGGCGCAUGCUUCCGGGGGUCCCUACGGUGUCAGGGCACGAAACGAAGCUGGAGGAGACGAGAACGAUAUCCUCAUUCGAGACGCGUUGUGGUGGAUGAGACACACCCGACACGUCACAGUCGAGGUUGUCGAUCAAUGGACAGAAAGUUUCCACUUUCUCUACCGAAAAAAGAGACAUGCAGAACUUGUCGCGAUCCUCGACGACGCACUCCACAUCGUCCCCUGCCUCCGCCCCGCGGAGAUCGCCAUGCUGGCGAACCACGCGAGUCGCCUCAUUCCUCUCAAAUCGCCGCGGGCUGCAGCUCACAGAAAGGGCGGAGACGAAGGCAGGCCGCGCGACGGAGGUUGGGACGGCUCGGACGCGGAGCGGGACUGGCGAGAGAAGCGGUCGCGGCGGUGGUGGGGAGUCUUUGGAGACGCCAUCUCGCAUCUGCUCCACGAUGCGGACGGCCAACACAUUUCACUCAUUCUCAACGCGUUUUCCUCGGCGAAAGUAUUUCACCACGAGACGCUGCUCGCCUGCCUCAGUCGCGAGACGGCUGCGUGGGCGCCGCACAACUCCAUUCGAAACACGGCGGUCACACUGAACGCCAUGGCACGUCUGAAUAUGAAAGACCGCGACGCCGUCGAGGGCUGCUGUCGCCGGAUUCAGGUGGAAGCGAAGAAUUUGAAUCAUAUUGACUGCGCAAUGUCGCUGAAUGCCGCGGCGCGGCUGGGCUAUCGUGAUCUUCAGUUCUACUCGGCGCUGGGGGACGCUUCAGUUCAGCAUUGUUCCCGCAUGAAUGAGCACAACGUCUCCAUGAUCUUGUGGGCGUUCGGGACGGUUGGUGUGCGGCAUCAAGCGCUUAUUGGAGAAUUCAUUGACCAGCUUCUUCGGAUCAGCAGCUCGCGAGAGAUACACGCCAACUAUGUCGCCUCUGUGCUGGGCCCUCUCGGCAACCUCCGCGUGGAGCACCCGCGCUUGAAGCUCCUCGUUGAGAUCCUUGUGAAGCCGAACAUCGAGAAAUUCGAACCCGUAGACGUCGUUCUCGUUUGUACAGCGCUCAGCCGUCUCGGGUUCCGCGUUGCACACUCUCCCGUCGCAACUCAGCUCCUUAACCAUGCCGGCCGUCUGGUAGCGUCCGGUGUGAUCGCGUCGCCGAGUCAUCACGUGCUUCACUUGUCGGUGGCCGCAGGGUUGCUGGAGGCGUUCAGCAUGACGGCAUUCUGGAGCGACAUAAGCGGAGGUCUUGCAGCAGCCAUAAGGUCGACCGCGCUGUCGGCGGAAAUAGCCAACGCCGUCCUCCCUCUCGUCCGGGUCGCAGGCAAUCCGGUGUGGCGCGCGCCACUCUUCCAGGUCGCAGUAACGGCGAUGGCCGCGCAAGAUCAGUCUUACUGGACUCCUCGCGAUGUGGCGAAUUUUCUCUUUGCUCUUGGUAAAACUGCUGGCGAGCACGCAGAAGACCCAGUCGACUCGUCAGUUUUCUGCGCGGGCCCUCCUUCUGCGGCGGGGGAGCCCCGGUCACCGCCCGGAUCGCACACUAGAGGCCCAGAGGGAGGCCAAGCGGGUCGCACGCGGCGGCAGCUGAUCAGGGAUCUGUGUGACUACUCGACGCGGGAGAUGGAACGCUUCAAUCCGUGCGACAUCGUCCGCCUUCUGCAAGGCCUUGCGAGUCUCGACUACCGCCACGAGGGGGUCCUCGCAGCCGUUUCGCGUCGCUUGCAGCACGCAGACGGAAGCUCGGCCUCAGAAGCCGACGGCUUUCCAUUCCACGUCCAGCGCUCGAUAGCCGAAGCCCUUCUCAAGCUCGAUGCCCCGCAAGCUUGUUCCUCUGACUGGACUGAAAGUCUACGCAGUCAUCAUGCUGCAGUUGGCCAUAAAGGCAGAGGAAAGGACGGUGCGGGAGACUCGUUAACGACUGUCCUCCCUCCUUCCUCUUGUUUCAAGGUGGAGGAAAUUUCAGAUUCGAGCCCCUCUGCUCAUCUGCAUCACACGCGAACUCAGUUGCCACGAUCCAGUCGGUCCCCGCCUCCAUCUGCCCCAGCUCCGCCCCAAUUCUAG